AAUAAGAGGACACCAUUUUUAGUGUUAGCAUAUUUGUAUUUUAUAGUUAUUGCAAGUGUUUUAGGUACAGGUAUUUUAGGUUUACCAGUAAAAUUGUCACACAGUGGUUUCAAACCGUUUGUUGCCUCAUAUACGUUGUGUUUCUUUAUGCAAUUAUUAUCAAUUUUCUUUUUGAUUGAAGUUCUUCAAAGAAUAUAUUCAAUUAUUAAGGCAAAUUCAAUUUUAUCAACAAAUAGUUUUUCUUCAUCACCAAUUGAUGACAGAUCUCGUAACGAAAUUGAUGUAGAUAAUACAGGUAUACCAAAGAAUAAUAUUCAGUUGGAUAUUUUAAAUCAUAAUAGUGGUACUGCUGGAAGAAGGAUUAUUAACAGUAGCAGCGGAGUUUCACCAGAUUUAAAUAAUGAAAAUAAUAAUGAUACAAGCGAACUAUCAGAAUCCACUGAUAUUAAAGCAUCUUCAAAUGGUGGCUCAUCAAUAAAAUCAUCCCCAACUUUAAAUGAUAGAAGCGAAGGGGAUAACGACGAAGAAACAAUGAUGAAUGAAAAAUUAGAAAAAGAAAACAGAGAAGAUAAUGAAAAUUUAAUUCAAAAAGAAGAGCAAGAGGAGGAAACCAAACAAGCACAUUCAUCCACAGAAAAAGAAACCGAAACACCAAACCUUCAUAUUAUUGGUUUGAAGUUCUUAGGUCCAAUUUCAUAUGCUUUUUUUAUAUUUUCAGUUCUUUUACAUUUUUGUUCUGUAUUGAUUGGUUAUGGUUUAGCAGGUUCAGAAGCAUAUGCCCAAUUGUUUAGUAUUGACCAUUCCUUUUUAAUUUUCCCAGUAAUUUUAUUGUUUACAAUAAUUGUAAUUUUUGGUUCCAAAUCUCUUGGCCGUAUUAUUACAUUGUUUACUUUUGCAAAAGGAACCCUUUUAAUGAUAAUUGUAUUUAUAACUGGCAUCAUUUCAAAUCAUGUACAAAAUAACAUCAGUAAUGAUUGGUCAUAUAUCGGCAAGUCAUUCUUAAUUUCAACUGUAGCAUUAGGUGGAGCAAGUAGUGUUUUACCAGUAGUAUUCCCAAAAAUAGUUUUCACCAAAAGAGAAAUAAAGAAAUGUUACACUGUUGCAGGCUCAGCUUUAUUUACUGUUUAUAUUUUAAAUAUCAUUUGGUGUUGGUUUUUACUUCAAAUUAUUCCUCAAGUUCCAAACCCCAAUAACCCAGGUUUUCCAUCUUUAGAGGAAGCAGCUAUCCAUGGUGAGAUUGCCACCAUUCCAUUAAUGAAGGUUGUAUCUGAAAGUUUCCCACAGUUUCUUUGGAUCGCUUAUUUGGUCAAUAUCUUUAUAGUUAUAUCCAUCACUAUCAGUUUCAUCACAGUCGGUACUGGUUUCAAACAUACACUCGACGGUUUUAGUAUAACUUGGCGUAAAAAAAGUUUAUCGAAUUCUUAUCAUGAAGAAGAGGAUGGUGACGAAUUUUAUAACAAUACAAAUAGCGGUAGUGGUCUCGGUAAUGCCAAUCCUAUUACCCAGUCUCACGACGAAGACGAUAACGAUUUAUUAGUUUUACCAGCAUCUGUCCAAGAUAGUAUUAAUGGCAGCAAUAAUAAAUUAUCAACCAAAUUUAAAAUAAUGGUCGAAAGAAUUAAAUAUAAAAUAAUUCAUCAAACAAGAAAAGCAAAAUUAUGGAUAUAUUCAAAAAUUAAUUUAGUAAAUUCAAAAAUCGACGAUAAAGAAGGUCAAUCAACAAUGGAACAAAACUUUUCAGUUCGUUUCCCAAUAAGAGAAUUCAUAUUCUACAUUGGUUUCUUUGGUUUCAUUCUCUUGGUAGCUUUAAUGAAUCCAAAAGGUUUCUUACAAGUUAUGGAAUCAGGUACAUCACUAGGUCUCAAUUUACAAUCAGGUACAUUUAUGGUAAUGAUGUUACAAUUCGCUAGAAGUCAUUAUGGUCAAUAUUCUAUUCCUUUACCUGUUCAUAAUUAUAUUUAUAAUUUACGUUAUUUUGUUUUUGCAUAUUUUACAUUUGCUGUAUUAUAUGAUUUUUAUGUUAUAUUAUUUUAA